AGUUUAUGUAUGUUGAGAAGAAACGACAGAUCUGUUGCUAAUAAUCAAACUAAUAAACAGUUCUUAUUGUUGUUAUUGUUAUAUUUUAUAUUCAGAUUUCGGAAAACUCAGCUAUGUUAGUAAUGCGGCGACACUUUCUUAGGUUGUUUAGGCUACGAAAUUUGCUUAUGCUAACCAUCCUCGUCAUUCUGCUGUAUAUAGUGAAGGCGUUCAAUGAGAUUAAUAGGGUAAACAGUGGUGUGCAGGGAAAAGCAGCAGUUGUUAAGGAUUCAUAUCCUGAAAGAGAUUAUUUUGUACCCACCAGUCUUAAGAAAAUAGAUUGGCACAACUAUAAACAAAUCGAAUAUGAGAGUACGCGUCAAGGAAUUGGAGAACACGGUGUGACCGCUCAGCUGCCGAAAUCGAAGGCUGCAUUAGAGGAACAACUGUAUUCCGUGAACGGUUUCAACGGGGCGCUGAGCGACAAAAUCCCGUUGAACCGUUCCCUCCCGGACAUAAGGCACCCCGGAUGUAAAAAGAAACUAUACAUAGAAUCAUUGCCGACAGUCAGCGUUGUCGUGCCCUUCCAUAAUGAACACUGGAGCACUCUACUCAGGACUGCGUACAGCGUCAUCAACAGGUCUCCGGAGUUUCUCAUAAAGGAGGUGUUCCUAGUCGAUGAUGCCAGUACAAAAGAAUUCCUGAAACAGAAGCUAGAAGAUUACCUAGCACACCACCUGCCUAAAGUGAAAGUCCUCAGAUUACAAGAGAGGAGUGGCUUGAUAGCGGCGCGGCUGGCGGGGGCCCGGGUGGCGAAAGCUGACGUUCUCCUCUUUUUGGACUCUCACACGGAAGCGAGCGUCAAUUGGUUGCCACCAUUGUUAGAACCGAUAGCACUCAACUACCGUACGGUUGUCUGUCCGUUCAUUGAUGUGAUCGCGUACGACACGUUCGAGUACCGCGCACAAGACGAAGGCGCCAGAGGUGCUUUCGACUGGGAACUGUUCUACAAGCGACUGCCCGUACUGCCCAAAGAUGAGGCCAACAUGCCGGAGCCUUUCGAGAGUCCAGUUAUGGCGGGCGGCUUGUUCGCGAUAUCGCGUAAGUUCUUCUGGGAACUGGGCGGGUACGAUCCCGGCUUGGACAUCUGGGGCGGAGAGCAGUACGAACUUAGCUUUAAGAUAUGGCAGUGUGGGGGGAGAAUGGUGGACGCGCCGUGCUCACGGGUGGGUCACAUCUACCGCAAGUUUGCUCCCUUCCCCAACCCUGGCCACGGAGACUUCGUUGGCCGGAAUUAUCGACGAGUCGCUGAAGUCUGGAUGGACGAGUACGCGCAGUACCUGUACAAGAGGCGCCCUCAUUAUUUGAAGAUCGACACCGGGGAUAUCUCCGAGCAGAAGGCCCUCAGGAAAAAGCUCGGCUGCAAGUCGUUCCGGUGGUUCAUGACUCAGAUAGCGUUUGACCUGACAGCAAAAUAUCCGCCCGUCGAGCCCGAGCCUUUUGCCGAGGGACGCAUAAGGCCCGUGUCACACCCACACCUAUGUCUCGACAUGCACCGAGGCGAGCAGAAGGAUAUCUUGUUGAUCAAGUCGUGUAUGCAGUCAGCCUCCACUGAACAGCAUUUUGUCCUCUCCUGGCACAAGGACAUCAGGUCAAAGGAUAGGAACAUGUGCUGGGACGUUCCCGAUUCCACGCCGAAGCGUCCUGUCCUUUUCUACUCUUGCCACUUGGGCGGUGGCAACCAGCUGUGGCGGUACCAUUUGGACACGAAGCAGUUGAAGCAUGGUGGUAACAACAACUGCCUCGACUGGGAGAAGGCUACACGCAAUGUGUUCAUCAACCGCUGCAGCGACGCCAUGUCCCAGCAGUGGGAAGUGGACAGAGUCGACGCGCAAGCAAUGAAGAACUGGGAUAAAAUGCUUCUAAAAGUCACAGGGCCCGUUGAAGACUACUGAAAUUUGAGAACUGCCGAUUUUGGACUCGUUGAUGAUGAAACCUUACCUCCGGACUUGAUAGAGUGACUUGAAGGUGGACUUUGAUGACUGCUACUGGAACUCCUCGACGAGGAGAACUAGGUGUACCGAGUUUGGGCUCGUUUUGUUAGUUAAGAAUUGACCUUACCUCCGGACUUGAUGGAGUGACUUGAAGGUGUACUUCGGUGACUACUACUGGGACUCUUUUACGAAUAGGACUACAAUUUACAUUUGGUUUUUCAUUUUUUCACUAUCAUAUGAGCAUUAUGUUUAAUUAUUUAUUAAAAUUAUCGAAAAAUUGGAAGUAUAGUAAUAAGGUUAUGAGUGAAAACUUGUGUGUAUUUAAACUACUUAAAAAAUUAGGUAUAAUCAUGUUAUACGUAUUUUUUAAUGCGCUUAAGGCAUGCACAAUUAGAUUUACCAAUAGUAUUUUUAUUAUUUUUUACAGUGUUUGUUAAAUAAAUGUUUUUCUAUUCUACAUGAACCAUCAAAUGACAACACAACUCCAGUAGUUUAAAUUUUUAAACUACUGGAGUUGUGUUGUCACUUGUUGGUUCACAUGGCCACUGAAUGCAAAACUACAACUCUUCUAGGCACCCUCAACAUUUUUUUCAACUCUUGUUAACAUAUCUGGGCACAUUAAGAAAUCAUAAAAAUACCUGCGGGCAACUCCAAUAUAAAUCUAACAAUAAAGAUAAAAUGCGGCACUUAACAAGGCGGCGCGACACAAAGGCGACCGUAUCUAAGCGAACAGACUAUAACACGGAUAAAUACCUACUAUACAUUGAGUAUAACUAAUCUUACGGAUUUUAUCUCGUUUACUUAAAAAUAAUAGCUUUGAUAAUGUCAUGAUUACCUUAGCAUGUUCUUUAAUAAAGAGCAAUGGCAGACUUUCAUACAUAAAAUUAGUUGAGAAGAAAUGGUAGCGUCUAUAUACCAAAAAUAUCUUAAAAUGUUAAGCGUCAGUCCCAUAAUAACUCUGUCGAAGAAUUUUGUACUGAGAAGGCGUCAAAAAAAAGAUAUUUACAUUUGAACCUUUUUAGGUUAUGUCCUAUGUCACUUGGAAAAAGUCACGCUUCCUGUGGUUGUUUGAUGUUAGCUUAAUACAUAAUACAUAAUUGAGAGUUUUUAGAUUAUUGUAUCUCUAUUAUAUAUUUGCAUACUAUAAAUGUAUAUUUUUGGCAUGGCUCCAGGGCUUUUGUACCAUAGUGACAUUCUCAGAAGGGCUAGAACCCAGAGCCGUAAAGCCAGUAAAAAAAACAGUGACAUUUUAUUUUAGCUAGUGUUGGCAUAACAUUAAAUGGAAUUGUUACAUAGUACUACGAUUGAGAUAAUGUAUUAUUGUAGGAAAUUCUUUGUAAGAGACUUAUUCUCAGCCAUAUUACUUUUAUUUUUGUUAUUACUGAUAGUACAGUUAUUAUUAAUAAUAACUUAAUAUAAAAAUAUUUUGUGUGUUGUGUUGGUAGUGUUACAAAGUGUAUACGAAAAUAGUAUGAAUAUACUAAAUGGCAACAUUUGAAUAGAGUAAAAUGAUUUCAGUCAUUUGAUAUUCCCAAAAAUGUUUGUUUUUUUCUGUGGCUUUAAUUAAAAUACAUUUUUAUUUGAAAAGUCAUAGAAAAAUAAUAAAACUCAUUUUGUAUAUAACUUAUUUCUAGACGCUAUAAUUUUUGUCAUCUAUUUUUCUGCCAUUGCUCUUUACACAACUAAAACAAAAUAUGCAAUUAAAUGUUUUGCAAACUCCGUCUGUCUUCUUUGUUGGUCUGAGGCUUAUUGUUAAAUUUGAGUUGCAUAAACUGUCACUAUAAUUCGAAUUAAAAUCCAGAAUCUUAAUAAUUAAUUAAUAAAAUAUAACAUAUUUCCUAUACCUUACUUUUAAGUAUUUUUAUGAAUAAGACCGAAAUGUUGAAAUGGAAAUUAUAUACAAAAUUGGGUAGUCGACACGAACAUGAAUAAUUAAGUAUUAUAUAAUAUUAAUUAAUAAUUAAUCGAGUUAAAAUAGAUUAUUAGUCUUUAACAAGCCCAAGUACCCAAGUAGUCUCCAUCAAGCCCUUUAGGCUACGGAGCGUGCCAAAGAAAUAGACAUACAUACAUACCUACCUACAUAUCUAGCUAGCUACAUAUAUACAUACAUACUCGUAAAACAGUCCCUCCUCUGCAAGUCAGGUCUGUCAGUCAGGCAUUUGUAUGUUUUUAUACAAAUAAGAUGAAUAUUUGACAUAACAAUAAUUAUGACGUUAUUACACUUACUAUAUUUUCAUACAAUUACAUUAAAAUACUUUUAUUUCAUUAACUUUAUUUAAUUUGCCUACUAUUAUAAGUAUUUCAACUGACUAGUGUCAAAUACCCAAUUGUUUUUAGUAACGUCGUUAAGUAUUUGCACAUAUUAAAAUGUUUAUAUUUUUUAACUAUUGAAAUAGAGGCUUAUUGAUAAGCUGUCUGACUGUUUAAGAAUAUUUUGAUUUGUUUGUUGUAGUGUUAAUGUAACUCGACUUUAUUUAAGAUAUAUUAGUGUUUUGAGCUUUUGUAUAUAAGGUUUUAACGUCCAAAUGAAGUUCCAUUGUUAGUUUUAUUGCGAAACAUAUCACUAGUUGUAUGCCAGCACUUUUGAAAAUAAAUAUUUUUACAAUUU